ACAAAACUUAUUUUUUAAUUAUUAUUAUUUUUAAUUUUCAUUUUUGUGUUUCCCUGUUCUAAUUCUCGGAGGUUGUCGCUUUAAUUCUCGUUCCGAGCUAUUUUUGAGCUUGUGAUUUCUACGCGAGCUUGCGAGAUCGUGUAGAAUUUUCAUUCUUCAGCUUCUGGCUGACUGUUUUGGUGGAAGUUUUUGAGGUGGAAGAGAAGGUUGGGAUUUUAAUGGAAGGUUCUCAAUGCAGAGGUUUAAGUUUGGGGGUUUGAUUUUGGUGUAUUUUGGUUUACUUGGAUGAUUUCUGCUGGAGGUAGGGAUGCGAGAAAGGGGUUAGGUUUAGGGUUAGAGCUUGGAUUAGGAGCUGGGAGGAGAGAGAUGGUGGAGUCUGAGCUUGAAGAAGGUGAAGCAUGCUCAUAUCAGAACCAUGAAGAUUAUGACGCCACCGUUGAUCCCGAUGUUGCUCUCUCUUACAUUGAUGAAAAAAUCCAAGAUGUUCUGGGACACUUUCAGAAAGAUUUUGAAGGCGGGGUGUCUGCAGAAAAUUUGGGAGCAAAAUUUGGUGGUUAUGGAUCAUUUUUGCCAACCCAUCACCGUUCACCAGUUUGGUCUCAUCCAAGGACUCCACAAAAAGUUCACAGUCAAAAUACACCCAGAUCUCCUAAUAUUGUGCAACUUGAGAGUGGGCAAGGGGAUUCUGUACAAUUUUCAACUGGAGCUCAGUCCUCAAGAUUUGGGCCAGGUUCUGCUACCUCCUCAAGGGUGCCUGCAGUUAAGGCACCCUCUGUAGACGAUGUAACCAAUCAAGAAAAGUGCAUAUCAAUCAUUGGUGCUGAGGCACUCACUUCUAAGUGUGACUCCCUAAACAUGAAUGCAACUAGCAUAGCAGACCAGAAGGUACUGAAGGUUCGAAUAAAAAUGGGGCCUGGAAAUUUGACAACACGUAAAAAUGCUGCGAUAUACAGUGGACUCGGUCUUGAUAUGUCACCAACAUCGUCAUUGGAUGACAGUCCCUCAGAAAGCGAAGGAAUUUCGCGUGGUCCUCAAGAUGCUCCUUUUGAAUCUCCUACAAGUAUCCUUCAGGUUAUGACAGUUCUCCCUAUGUUGUUGUCACCUCUUCCUAAUGAUCUCAUUGAAUUAACCGAAAAUGAAGUACAUACUCGAGAUGGUAUUCGUCGUACUUUUCUUAUGGAUGGACCAGAAGGUUCUGGCAUGCUGCUACAUGAGUCUUACAUGGCAAAAGGUGACAGAAAAUUGUCAGGUGGGAAAAAGGUGAAGUCUUUGGAGGGUCAUGAGUUCUCAGUGGAAGUCAAGGGUAGCAAUAAGAAGAAUACUCGGAAUGAUCUUGGAGCUCUUUCAACAAAGGAACAAGGUAGAAAUGCAUUGAACAUGGAGGAGUUAGUUUCACAAACCUUGAAGCUACCACUUUUAUCCCGUGAUGAUUUGGUAAAGGAUGUUGAUGGACCAUGUAAUUCAUUGAACGAAACCAAAAAAGGUAUAAUGAGGGAGAAAACCGCUUCGGAUCUGGCAGAAAAGGAAUGGGUGGAGCCAACAUUGGAUGGAGUGAAUGGUUUUGCUGAGAGGGCAAAGGGAGGUGCAGGGAGAAAAUUUGUGGGAGGGAAGGUUUCUGAGGAUAACUCAUCAUUUUAUGCACCAAAGGACAUUCCUCUUGGCGAUAAAAUUUGUGACUCAGGAAUAACUGAAUCUAAUAUCUCCAAAGUUACGACAGCAUCAAGCACUGAAUUUACAGAACCUCCUAAGAAGGCUUAUCAAAGAAACAGUCUGCGUGAACAAGACAGUAUAACAUUACCUGUUGUGAAAGAACAUCCAUUCCCUGUGGGAAAGAAGAAGUCAAAGGGAAGUAAUAGCACUGUGGCUAUAGAGAAGGAGAAAGAAAACUUGAAGACUGGAUCCCCAUUGGUUACUAAAAUGAAAAAGAGUUCUGAAGAUAGUUCGGCAUCAAAAAGUGAAACUGAAGAUGUCAGAGUACAGAAGGGUCUUUUAAAGCCUAGAGAUACUUAUAAAGAUUUCUUUGGGGAAUUGGAAGAAGAGGACAGAAUGGAUUCAAUGGAAACCCAUAAGGAGGCUAAACUGAAGGACUCUGAGGUGGCUCAGAGGAGCAUGUCUACAAUCAAUUGUGGAGCAAAGGAGAGAUCAGCUGAUAAGAAAGUUGAUAAACCAUUAACAGCUGAAGUAUACCCCAAAAUUGCCACAAAUAUCUGGUACACCGGAAAUGGACAUGGUACUGAUGCUGAGAAUGAGAAUGUGAAAGGAGUUUCUGUCAUGAUGGCUCCUGUUGAUACAGAAGAUCAUUGGGUACUAUGUGACAGGUGUCACAAAUGGCGUCUUCUUCCUGUUGGCACAAAUCCUGAUAGCCUACCUGAAAAGUGGCUCUGUAGUAUGCUUGAUUGGCUGCCUGACAUGAAUCGCUGUAGUUUUACUGAGGAUGAAACCACAAAAGCUGUGAUUGCAUUAUACCAAGUGCCUCCUCCUGAUGGUAAAAGCAACCUGCAAAAUGUCUCUGGGAGUGUUAUGGUCGGAGGUACUGUGGCAACUGUUCAGCAUCCUGAUCAGCACCAGCCAAAUAACGAUCUUAAUGGCAUGCCUGUGGGAAAGAAAAAAGUUGUGAAGGAUUCAUCAAAUUAUGAAAAUAAAGAUGGCUUUUCUCAAUUGUCAUCUUCUAUAAAGAAAAAUUUGCCAUCAUCAGUGAGAAGUAGGAGCUUAAAUGAAGUGCACAAAUCUCCUGUUGUCAGUGAGGCUGAUGUUCCAGGGGAGAAACACAAAAAUAAGCAGAAGUUGGAGAACAAUUCUGAUGGAGGUGAUACAAAGAAUAUGAAAGCGAAAAGCCGGAGGGAUCCUGAUCAAGAUUGUUCUAGGCCAACCAAGAAAGUUAAGACUGACAAGAUACGUUCUACUGAUGAAGAAUGGAUUGCUGGACAGAGUGGGACUACUAGGAAGGUGGGCCAUGGCUCUAAUAGCAGCUUUCCAACUACUUCAGUUGGUAAAGAUCGAGGCUGCAAAUUUCUGCUGAGAACACAAAAGAUAGGGGACAUGGAUUCUUGGACGAAGCAUCUCUGGAUUUAGGGAACUGUGAUGCUGUUGACAGUGUUAAAAAGAGGAAACUGAAGGAGUAUCAGGAUGCUCAAACAUGUAGCACAGGGAAUCCCCACCUUCAGGGGAGCAGAUUUUCUGCACAGGAGUUCAGUGAUUCAAGGAAGGAAAAGAAGACAAGAAAUUCAAAAUCUGAAGGAAGAGAAUCAAGUAGCAGUAAAGGUAGUGUUCGAACUGACAAAAGAGUUGGUCAUAUGAAAAACCAUAAAUUCAGGCAAAAUCCUGGGAGUUCACAUGUGAGCUUGGAUGUAAUGGACAGUUUAAAAAGGGACGUGGGAUCAGUGCAGGCUUCUGUAGCCACCACUUCCAGUUCUUCUAAGGUUUCUGGCUCACAUAAAACCAAAGCCAGCUUGCAGGAAGUGAAAGGCUCACCUGUGGAAUCAGUUUCUUCAUCGCCUAUGAGAGUUUUAUAUACAGAUAAAUUUCCAACCAGGGAAGUUGCGGGAAAAGAUGAGUCUCAUGAUACUGCCGUUGUGGAUAGUCCAAGAAGAUUCUCAGAUGCUGAAGAGGGUGGAAGUGAUCGAUCUGGAGCAGCUAGGAAGGACAAAUCUUUCACAAUGGUCCAUAAGUCUGAUUUUCAGAAUAAGGGUGUUAAUCAUACAUCAGUUGCUAAACCUAAAGCUCAAAUAACUGGUCAUCAUACCAAUAGUGGUGUGGGCACUGUUUCUCAAGAUGGUACUUAUCCUAUUAAAGAGCAGAUCAAGAAUCAAUGUGAAGACAGGACUGAUACAUAUUGUGCUAAUGUGUCUAGAAUCCUGAAGAACAAUGCUGAAUCAGAUGUGAAGGGCAACAAGGAGAGCUGUAAGUCAGAAAAUCCUGCAGAAACUGUCAAGAAUACUAGUACUCCUAUUCAGCCACUAGACAAGUCUCCUUUAUCCGAGGCAAAACAAAAUGAUGGCAAAGUUAAGUUGCAAGAGAGGUCUGGGUUCAAGCCUGAUCAAAGUGAGAAUAUACAUGCUGGCAAGAAAGAUCUUUCAGGGAAAAGUGAGAGUAGCAAAAAAGAGAGUCAUUUCAAUAAGGGGCUCGACUUUCAAGAAGUUGGUACAGAUGCUGUAAACAAAAAGGAGGCACUAAAUACUCCAAGUCAGAAUCAGUUGCCAGACUGUCAUGCUGAAACAUCUUCAAAGAGGCCUCUUUCAGAAAGAACAGAUAAAGAAGUAAUUGGAAAAGGGAAGUCUUUGUCAUUGUUGCCCUCUGGAGGAGCUCAAGUUGAUCCAUCAAGUAAUUGCCCACGACCAGUUGUUGGUUUCCUUAAAGGAAAUGGAGAUGUGAAAGUUGAGCCUUCCAAAGUUGAUGAUGCGUCUAAGUUGCAGAAAAAGCAAAUAAAAAAAUCUGAUAAUCAAAAUGGAACUCAGCAAAUUGGUUCAAGAAAUCCUGUACCUAAUGGACACAGAUCUAAGGAGCUUGAUGCCCCUAGUCCAAUUAGAAGGGAUACUCAUGCUGCUACCAAUGCUUUGAAAGAAGCUAAAGAUCUUAAGCAUUUGGCUGAUCGUCUUAAGAAUGCUGGAUCCACACUGGAGGGCACUAGUCUCUACUUCCAGGCAGCCCUCAAGUUUCUUCUUGGAGCCUCUCUGUUAGAAUCUGGCAACAAUGACCAUGCUAAACACAGUGAUGUAAUCCAAUCACUUCAAAUAUAUAGCAGCACAGCAAAAUUAUGCGAGUUUUGUGCCCAUGAAUAUGAGAAAUCAAAAGAUAUGGCUUCAGCUGCUUUGGCCUACAAGUGCAUGGAGGUGGCAUACAUGAGGGUUAUAUAUUCUUCACACAGUAGUGCAAGCAGAGAUCGACAUGAGCUCCAGACAGCUCUACAAAUGGUUCCUUUAGGUGAGUCUCCUUCAUCAUCUGCCUCUGAUGUUGACAAUGUUAACAACACUACAGCAGCUGAUAAGGUUGCCUUAUCCAAGAGUGUAAAUUCGCCCCAAGUUGCUGGGAACCAUGUUAUUGCUGCACGAAAUCGUCCAAAUUUUGUGCGGCUGCUCAACUUUGCUCAGGAUGUUAAUUUUGCCAUGGAAGCCUCUAGGAAAUCAUGGAAUGCUUUUGCAGCUGCUAAUUCUAGUCCAGGCAUGGACAAGAAAGCAGGAGGUAUCUGCUCUAUUAAGAAGGCUCUUGAUUUUAGCUUUCAAGAUGUGGAGGGUUUGCUACGUUUGGUACGGAUUGCCGUGGAAGCCAACAAUCGUUGA